AUGCGUCUGUUGUACUGGGGUGGAUUCAGCAGUCGGGGUGGGAGGAAGUGUUACCGAGCCGAUCUAGCACCUACCCUUCUGUUUUUUGGUCCACCACCCUUCUUUUCCGACCGGGUAGAGAGUGUCAGCACUGUCGCCGUUUUACCCACCUGGCCCCGGUCGGGUCGGGUCCCAAAUCCCAGCCUUUCCAGAAUAGCCACACGACACUACACGUGGCCCAUCUCGCUUUCGCCACACGACCUACAACCUCCCACGACCGGGCCCUAUCCAGAUAUUAGAUGCACUUUUCGGGCAAAUUUUGCUUUGAUCUUUCUUUAUCUGUUCAUAUCUAUUGGUUCAUAUCUAUCUAUCUAUCUAUCUAUCUAUCUAUCUAUCUAUCUGUCUCUGUUGUUUCAUAUCUAUUUAUCUAUCUAUGAAAAAUAUCUCAGAGUUAACCUUUUUCCUAUUGUCUUUAACAUUUAUAAAAAUUAUCUAUUUCGUUUCAUAUCUAUCUAUCAAUAUACCUAUCUAUCGUUUCAUAUCUAUCUAUCUAUCUAUAUAUAUAUAUAUAUAUACAUAUCUAUCUAUCUAUCUAUCUAUCUAUCUAUCUAUCUAUCUAUCUAUCUUUCUAUUAUAUAUAUAUAUAUAUAUAUAUAUAUAUAUAUAUAUAUGAAUUUUCAAAUCUAUCUAUUUCGUUUCAUAUCUAACUCUGCCGUUUCAUAUCUAUCUAUCUAUCUAUCUAUCUAUAUAUAUAUAUAUAUAUAUAUAUAUAUAUAUAUUCAUAUCUAUCUAUCUAUCUAUCUAUCUAUCUAUCUAUCUAUCUAUCUAUCUAUUGCUUUCUGUUCUAUCUAUCUAUAUAUCUAUCUAUCUAUCUAUCUAUCUAUCUAUCUCAUAUUUUACAUCUAUCUUUGA